CUGAAGAUGGAGGAUGCCCGGACCCCGCGCCACUCCCAGCCGUCGCCGGUGUCCCUGGCGGAGCAGGCGGGCCGCGUGUCCUUUGCGUCGGCCGAGAGCCUGGAGAGCAUGUCCAUGUCCAUGAGCAUGUCGGAGGCCGACGCCCCGCUGGCCUUCAGCCGCAUGAACCGCCUGCGCCAGAGCCUGCCUCUGGCCCGCUCGCCUAGCCAGACCAAGCUCCGCGCGCCAGGCGUCCUCUUCCUCCAGCUCGGCGAUGAGAUACGGCGGGUGCACAUCACGCACGAGCUGACCAGCAUGGAGACGCUGCACGCGCUGCUGGUGCACAUGUUCCCCCAGAAGCUGAGCAUGGGGGCCCUGCGCGCCCCCUCCACCGCCAUCCUCAUCAAGGACGAGGCGCGGAACAUCUUCUACGAGCUGGAGGACCCACGCGACGUCCACGACCGCUGUGUCAUCAAGGUGUACUGCCGGGAGGCCGGGCUGCAUGGAGGUGGUGGUGGUGGUCAUGGAGGUGGAGGGCACGGUGGGCACGUGGUCAGGGAGCAGCACUACGCCACACUGCCACACACACCUCAGCACCUGCACCAUCACCAUCACGCACAACACGUGGCCAACGGAGACCUCAGGAGGGAGCUGGUGUACACUUCUCGAGACUCCUCCCCGACGCGCCGCCUCAACCAGCUGCCGUCCCAAUCGCCCCCUUCGGGCUCCCCAUCACGCUCCCACGCUCGCCUCUCCUACGCCGGAGCAGGUGGUGGUGGCGGCGGUGGCGGACGCCCAUCCUCCUACGCCGGCCCAUCUCCCCAGCAGCACCAAGCCCAGUCGCAACACUACCCUGGCCACCCGGGCCACCACCCCCACCCGGCGCACCACUCGGGCGGGCACACCCCACAGCAGACCCCCUCGCACGCGCACCACCCCCACCCACACCAACACCAACACCCCCACGCGGGCUUCGGACCCUCCCCCAGCGCCAUCUUGGAGCGGCGGGACGUCAAGCCGGACGAGGAACCGUCGUCGUCCAAGAGCGUGGUGCUGCUACGGGGAGGUGGGGGGCCAGGAGACCCCAGGGCCGAGAGCAUAUACGCCGACCCCUACGCCCUGGUGGCCGAGAACCGCCUUAGCAUGGCCUCACCACAGGCGCUCGCUGCCCUCCGGGACCCUUUGCUCCGUCGCGGCUCCGUGCGCUCCCUCACCUCCUACUCGGCCGCGGCGCUCCAGGCGGAGCUCGAGGGCGCCCUCUACAGGCCCGGGGGAGUAGGAGGAGGAAGUCCCGCAGCAGCCGCAGCAGCCUCAGCCAUGGCAGCCGCCGGGCUGUAUGCAGACCCCUACGCCACGAUGGGCUUCCGGAGACUUCCACCGGCCUCGCCACAGAAGAUCCCCGAUGGCAGGGGCGACCCAUACGCGGCCGGGCAGCCGGGAAGGGGGUCCCCCGGGAGGCAGGUCUUCCGGCAAGACGGGACUGUGUUCGUGGAGAGCCCCAAGUCGAGAUCGGGAGGAGGGGGAGGGGGCCCCGGUCCUGAUCAGCUGUGCGUGCUCGGUGGGGAGCAGGGGGGGUCGGGAUACAACUCACCGCUGCCUGGUAACGAUCCCGAAACCAGGGAACGGAUGGAAGCCAUGGAGAAGCAGAUUGCCAGCCUGACCGGUCUGGUCCAGAGCGUGCUCACAAGAGGACCCGACAGCCCGGAGAAGGGAGAAACUGCCAGUGACUGCUCCGCCACAGAACCUCCGACGCCCUCUCACCCGCUAGCCCUGAUGCCGCCCCCGCCCACCGGAGCCUCUCAGCCAAUCCCGGUCACCCGUCUGCAGAUGCAGCAGCACCUGAGUGGCCUGCAGCACAGCACUUCCGAGCUGCGCAAACAGCUGGGCCAGCUGCGCAAGCUGCAGCUGCAGAACCAGGACUCUGUGCAGGCCCUGCUGAAGCAGACAGAGUCGGAGCUGGGGCUGUGCAUGUUGGACGCCCAGCGCACACAGGAGGACCCGCUCCAGAGACAGCGCCUCCUAGUGGAGGAGGAGAGAUUACGCUACCUCAACGAGGAAGAACUCAUCAUACAACAGCUACACGACCUUGAACACUCAGUGGAGGAGAUGCGGACGGGGGCGGGACUUAACCACAAGCUGGUGACGGAGCAGGAAGUGGAACAGAAGAGUCAGGAGCUGAGGAGACUAGGAGAGACGCUAACAGACCUAAAGAACCAGUUCCCCAGUCUACAGAGUAAGAUGCGUGUGGUGUUGAGGGUGGAGGUGGAGGCAGUCAAGUUCCUGAAGGAGGAGCCGUUAAGACUGGACGCCCUGCUCAAACGCUGCCGGAGCAUCACGGACACACUCACACUACUGCGCAGACAGAUCACGGACGGCCAUUGGCGAAGUCCAGAAGAUUUCGCCAACCAGCCCACCAAAGCCGGCAUGGGCGUUAGCAACGCCGCCGAACCAGACUUCACCAAGACUCCUGACCUGGACAUCCUGAACAGUCCCAGCUUGAGCCUGGCAGACCUGGGGGGCCCCGGUGGCUUGGCAGGGGCCCUGGGGGCCUCCCUCGGAGGGGGCUCAGCCCUGGCUAACUGGAUGCCGACGGGAGUGUCAGACGGGUCGUCGGUGCCCGAGCAGGAUGGCCCGUUGGCGGGCACGCCCAAGCGGAGCAGCCUGGCGGAGGACAUGCCCAUGGGGAGUAGUGCCAGCCGGAGGGACUCGGAUAAGGUGUCUGCUGUGGAAGUCCGCCUGGCGGCAGAGCGGGACUGGGAGGAGAAGCGUGCCAGCCUGACGCAGUUCAGCACACAGGACAUCAACAGACUGCUGGAGGAGACCCAGGCAGAGUUGAUGAAGGCCAUCCCCGACCUGGACUUUGCCGCAAAGCAGAUCAGCAAGCCGGCCGUGCCGCCCAAGCCCAAGCCCAAACCCAGCUCCCUGCCGCCGGGCAUCACGCUACCGGGCAGCGCCGGGGGGAGCGUGCAGGGCUCCAACAACCCCAGCCCCCAGCACACGCCCGAGCACCAGCCCCUCGGCAAGGCCCAGACGCCCAGCAAGCUGCCCCAGGGGAAGGAGAGCGCCUCACGCAGGGGAUCUGGUGAGCUGACGGUGCCGCGGUAUCGGACGGAGAAGCCCUCCAAGUCUCCCCCUCCCCCUCCCCCCCGCCGCAGCUUCCCCUCCGCACACGGCCUCACCACCACCAGCUCUGGAGAGGUCAUCAUCACCACCAAAACCAUCAAGCUGGACACAAAGGACUGUAACGACACAGACGGCGGCGGCCCUCCGUCUCAGACCCAGACGCCUCCCGUGAAGCUGCGGCGACCUUCCGCCUCCGAGUCCCCACGGCCGUCCUCCACGCCACCCGCCAUCGCCGCCUCCGGGGUGAGGGAGGACGAGGACGAGGACGAGAGGAUCCUCGCAGAGCUGGAGAAUGCCUCCAACCCUGGCGGCUCCUCCAAGAUCCCACAGUCGUCAGCAGCGACGCGUCUGAAGCACCUGCAGCAGAGCAGCCUGGAGAGGCGGAGCAGGAAGCAGCGCGAGGACUUCCCCAAGCUCCAGCAGGGCCAACAGGGCCAGCAGCAGGUCUUCCACUUCUGAGGGACAGCAAGCACGCUAACUAGCCUAGCCUAUUAUGCUAAUUAGCUGGCUAGUUGUCAAGGUAGCAUGGUAACUAGCAGGCUAGUUUGCUAACUAGCAUGCUAACUACCUGGCUAUUUUGCUAGCUCGCUCACUAAGUUAGCCACCUGAGGCUGGCCGCCUACUGUAACCUGCCAAGUAACCAGUUAGCCUUUAGCUGCUAAGAGCUAGCUGUUAGCACAUUUCUGCCUCUCACAAAGAGCAGCAGGCUGCGUGUUACAUACAGUAGCUGCCAAGAGGUAGCAGUUAGCUCACUAAAAGCUAGCUGUUAGCCAACUGAAAAGUGCUAAAGAGCUGACCAUUUAGCUGACGGAGCUAACUGCUAUGCUAACCUCGACAAGCUCGACAUCUUCCAGCAAGACAGCCACGCCGGUGACUGUGACAGCGACAGCGACCUUGACCUCUACUGCUUCAUUCCCUGCCCUCCCAAUUCCCAUUUCAGUGCACAUACAAGUUACCUCUCC